UAAUCAAAUCAAUCCACGUUUAAGGUUACUGGUUUGAUGGCAUCAGUCGUGUGAGGAUCUUGGUUCAAGAUGUUUGUGAAUUUUAUAGUAACCGUUACGGUAUUAGGUUUAGUGAGUUCAAGUGCAGUACCCCUAACAAAAUGUAAAGCGGAAGACUCAGAAUGCAUCAAAAAGAAUACCGAAGUUCUCAUUCCCCUGUUUGGCGCUGGCAUCCCCGAGUUGGGCAUAGAACAGUUGGAUCCCGUAGUCUUCAAAAAGAUCGAUUCCAGUACCAACUUCUUGAAUCUCAUCUUUAGAGACCUUACAGUUAAAGGACUUAAUUCCUGUAGAUUCAAGAGUGUUAAAAACAACAAGGUUAAACACUCGAUAUCCGCCAAAAUCCAUUGUGAUGUCGUCCUAGAUGGCCAGUACACAAUGAAGGGGACAAUCUUACUAUUAGCCGUAACUGGCGAUGGAAAAGCCCACAUUGAACACAAGAAAAUUGAGAUUAAUUUCGACUUAAACUACAACGAAGUGACCGGCCCCGAUGGCAAACAGCACUGGGAGACCGGCCAGUGGACGCACGACUUCAAGUAUUUGGGAGAAAAUGCAUUGGACUUUGACAACUUGUUCGGAGGAAAUGAAGUUUUGGCUGGAGCAACAAAAGCGCUGAUGAAGAGCCACCCCAAAGAACUCGCAGAGCUCACAGCGGGACCGGUCGUCAAAACCAUCGUUGCAAGAAUUAUAAAGAACGUCAAGAUCUUCUUUGAGAAGAUUGCCGUGGAAGAAUUUGCUCUGGAUUAGUUACAAUAUAAUACAAGCACAGGUCUAGAAUAUACAAGAUUACUUAUAUGUUUCAAAUAUUUCCUAUAUGUGCGACUAAAUUUGAAAUGACGUAUUAAAUUCAGAAAUAAUA